AUGGAAAACUUAAAGUUGAAUUUGCUUGUGGUUAUGGCCAUGGUAGUUGUAUCCAUGGAGUUCCAUUGCACAUUGGCAAAAGAACAUAUAGUUGGCGGUCCGUUCGGUUGGAAUGUGCCGAAUAACAAAUACUUCGUUAACGAUGUUUUGGUUUUUAACUUCCCGACAGGAGUCCAUAACGCUGCAGUAGUUUCGCUGUCGGCUCAUGACAGAUGCGACGGAUCGGAAGUUUAUCAAAUGUACCCCAACUCGCCUGCUACAGUUCCAUUGAACCUCCCUGGACUCUACUGUUUCAUCAGCACUAUAGGCUCCGAUUGCCAAGCGUUAAUGAAAAUGAUAGUCAAGGUUGGGGACAGCGCUAACACCACGGUUUCGGUGUUACCUCAUUGA